AUGCCGGUACGAGUAUGCCUAGAUGAUAAGCAGUUCCAAGCAGCCUUAGCUGAAGCUGGUACUAAGCCUGUUGUUGUCGAUUUCUAUGCCGAAUGGUGUGGGCCUUGUAAAGUCGUUGCUCCAGUUUUCGAAGACUUAUCCAAUAAAUACUUAACAAUGGUUUUUGUUAAGGUCGACGUUGAAAAGUGUGAAGGUGUGUCGGCAAGUGGUGUAUCCGCCAUGCCCACUUUCAUGAUAUUCAUAAAUGGGUUAUUCAGGGAAAAAAUGGAUACCUUUCGCGGUGCAAAUACCACUGCCUUAGAAUCGUUGAUCCAAAAAUGGGCUGGGAUACACUCAUCAGAUGUACCUGGUCAAUCUGAUAUCACAAGUUUAAUAGACAAGAAACAGAUGGAAUGUCUCAAUGGAGAUGAUGCUACGCCAUUGGCAGGAUUUUUAGAAGGUGAAAAUGUGCUUCGAUCGGACUGUGAUGAGCAGCUGAUCAUAUCUCUCCCAUUUAUCCAACCUGUCAAAGUUCAUUCUAUUAUCCCUUCUAUCUCUCCUUAUUGCUUUGGGUUCUCACCGAAGUCUGUACGAAUUUUUUCGAAUCUUCCUAAAACACUGGAUUUCGAUGGUGCGAGUUCAUUGGAGGCUGUGCAAGUACUAGAAUUCACUGAGAAAGCGCAGACAGUUUUAGAGCCAGAGGUUCAACAGUUGAAGUACGUUAAGUUCCAGAACGUCACUAACAUUCAGCUGUUUAUUGAAAAUAACCAUGAUGGCGGUGAUGUCACCGAGAUCGAGAAACUGAAAAUAUUCGGCACGCCUUUGAGCGGGGUGAAUAUGAACGAAUUUAGGCGGUGCGGCGACUACCUGUGGUGGUGA